AUGUCUUUCCUUCAUGGUGUUCUCAGUGGAGUGAAGGAUGAUGAUAACGUUACAAAAUAUAGUGACAUUAAUGAUAUUAACAAUGUUAUUAGCACUUUACAUAAUAAUGUAGGUAAAGGCCGUGAGGCCUUCGGGAACGCCGUGACUAAGGUGGGGGAGAGGACUAAUAAAGUGACUGCGGAAUUAGGUGAUUACUACAAGGAAGUUCAAGGGUCGGACCUUUUCCCACUUGCGUACCAGUUAGAGGCUUGGAUGAGAACCGUCGAGUCCGUCGACUGGGACAUUAGAGACAUUAGCGACAACCACAGUAAUAUAUUAGAUAGCACACUUAGAAUACAAUUAGCGCACGAAAUAGCUCCAGUUAAGAAAGUAGUGGAGCACCUUAAGGGUGUGGCCAAAAAUAUGACAGACGGCAACAAGGUGAAGCACGUAGACGAUGAAAUUGCUGCAAAGGAAAAUGAGGUCACUCAGCUAAUUACUGAAAAAUGCCAACAGCUCCUGAAAGCCUUGACAGAGAGAUUUGACCUCAUUGAAGAGAAAACCAGGAAAUUCGGAACAGAGCGUGCCGAGCAGUUGGGACCUUUGUUGCAGUCUGUCAAACAGCUGGUUACGGAUGUUGGCCACGCGGAAAAGAGCGCGCAAGCCUUGGCGCAGCAUUAUGAUAGAGACAUUCUCAAUGGGUUACAGACAAUAAGUGGGAAGGUAAGUAACCUUGCAACGGGGGAUAUUUCCGGCGGUCUUGGUAACGUAUUCUCAACUGUGAGUGUAGAGUUGGAGAGGCUGAAAGCAAAGUUAGAUGAGAUUGGAAGGCUUUCUAUCAGUGUUCAGCAAAAGGUAAAUAGCGGUUUGGAUCAAAUUAUGGACGAUUUGGAUCGGGCGAAAGAAUCGCUUAAGAUGGAUAUUAGAGGACAAAUAGGGUCAUAUAUGAGAGAUGAGUUGGGUAAUAAAAUUAAAGGGGUGGUUGCUCUGCUGACUAAAGAGAUCGCGGGUGUUGAAAAAAAUGACGGUGCUCUAUAUGAUGUUGUCACCGGAGUUAAGAAGUAUGCUGCGAAGUUCAUCACAAAUGAUUCUAAGGACGAAUUUGGCAAUAUAGUGGAGAGUUGGGUGAAAGACAUUUUGGGCGUCAAGAAUGGUAUGUUAAAGGAAAAGGUUAAGGCUUGGAUUGAGACUAGUACUUUGAAAUCUGCAUAUAGUGUGACGGGUGAAAAAAUUAAUCCGAUUCUUUCAACGAAAAUAGCGAAUCAGGUCGUUGCGAAAUUGAAAGGUGACAGCAAUAAUAUUAUUAAGUCAGCCGGUGCAACGGUUGCAAGUCAUAUCGGACCCGACACCGGUUCCAGCAAAAAUAUUGAGGAAUAUGUCACUGCUGUUCAGCUAGGUUGUAAGGACUUCGCCGAGAAACUUGAAAUCAAGCUGAAGAAUUAUAGCAGUACUACAGGGGGUACGGGAAAAGGCAUCGUCCCACUUGCGUGUGAUAUAGCCAAGCAGAUUGAGAAUGGGUUGAAGGGGGAUUUAGGCAUGGGCAGUGAUUCUACGUCUCCCAAAAUUUCUGAUCUCGAACUCGCCGUCCAAUCCAUUCUAUCCGCUCUCGUAUCCACUGCAAAGGAGACCGCUGGGGAACUUAAGCGAUUCACCGAUAGCUCCGACCUUAGUUCCAGCGUACACAGUGCUAUAAAAGCAGUCAAAGGGCUCGGCGGUCAUCUUGAGAGAGCGCUUACACCUGACGACUCAGAUCCACGUAAGAUUGGCAACAUUAUUAAAAUUGAGCUCGGAGACAAAGCUACAUUUGUCAACUUCGACACCAAGCUCCACCCGCUGCUCCGAAAUGCCGCCAAAAAGGGUAUCAGCAUGCUAGACACUGAAGUCAACAGCAUCAUUAACCAACAACUUCGCCGUGUUCACGCGACAAUUGGGCAACAAAUUAAUAGACUCAAUAAGGUUCCAGGUAAACAUUUGGGUAACGUUCAACAAAUUGUCGACGGCCUUCAGGAACAAAUUGCUGAAACUCAGAAACUGGUCGCCAAAACAAAGGCAAUUGCGGAAGGCAAUAUAAAACAGCAAGUUGAUUCACUCAGAGACCGCGUUAGCAAACUCAAGUUGAGCAUAGAAGGUAUUAAUGAUAAAAUCAAAGCCUUUGAUAAUUCUCUUCAAAAGGCCAUCCAAGACGCCACUGAUGCAGUUGAAACUGCUCGACGUACUCUGCACACUCAAAUUAUUACUACACAAAGUGAGCUCACCCAAACCGCCGAACAAGCCUUCACAACCGUCAAAAAAGCAGUGCAAUCCAUGUUCUGCGAGCAGCAUAAGGCGGACUUAACAGCUCUACACAAAUUGCUGGAGACGCAAGCGGAAGCUAUUAGGAAGCUAAUGAAUGAAAAUAAGAUAAGCGGAAUUAAGGGUUUAUUAAAUAAGCUUCAUGUGAACUUUGUUCCUCAAGCAGAGAAAAUUGACUCAGACUGCAAAUUCAAAGAUGGCACUCAGCACCUCUAUCACGCAAUUAACAGAUUCUUUCCGGAGUUUGAAAAACAAAGCGACUUAGUAUCGCAGUCAACGAAAAUUGACACGAUCUAUAAAAUGCUAGCAAAAUUGGUCAAACAGUUAUUCGAGUCGGAGCACUUCGACUCCUACGUCAUAUCCAAGCGGCAAGAUUUCGAAAACGCACUUGCUUCAUUUUCGACUGACACCUUCAAAGACGCCCCAAAGGCUGUCUUGUCUCCUCUGAAGCGCGGCUUACAAGACUUUGUCGGUGAACUGCGAAACGCUUACGUCAAUACAUAUUCGCGUGAAAAACCUGUAGAUGGUUGGGUAGAACCUAAAAAAGAUAAAGUGUCUCCCCAACUGAAAGAUGCCGCAAACGAAGAACAAGUCCUUACCGAAGAAGGCAAAAAAUGCGCAAGUGCGUGUCUCACGGUUUUCAAGACUCUGUUCCAUGAUCUGCAUGAGUUGCGGGAUAGUUGCGCGAAGCACGGCCUGUGUAAUGAGAAGCGUAUAUACCUCUAUGAGCCAGUGCCUAAAAAUCGAAAGCCAGUUGAAAACAAGCUUGGAGCAUGGUUAGAAAACCGAGGCUUCCAGGUGUCCAAAUAUGACAAUGGUCAUGAGGGCCAUUUGAAAAAUAAGCCGGACUUCAAGGGUGAGAACAUUCUCGCUUUGAUCGAAAGCAACAGUCUCAUUAGCCGGCCAUUCUCCGACGAAGAUGCGUACCAGGGUAAUAUCGUCCAAUUGUAUAAUUACUUUGAAAAAUACCUGAAUGUCUGCCACCUUAAACUCCACGAAAGAAAAACAUACCCCUGCACUGUACGUGACAUGUGUGCUUGGCUUUCCGGCCUCCCUCAUACAGCCGUGUACACCAACGUUGAAAAGCAUUGUGAAACGUUGCUCGCAGAUGACAAAAACAAAAGUGACAAUGUACUUUUAUACAUACUUAAAUCCACACUGCGGAAAACCUUAAAUAUUACGUGCCAAAUUUCAUACGAUGUGCUCGUCACAAUCUCAGGCAACGGCCGUGGCUUCGACCAGGCGGAUUACCCAUAUGCCACUAAUUUCUGUGAUAACACCCGUGGCUUUCAUUACCCUUCAGACGUCCCUAGCUUAUUCGAUAUGUUACGCGAUAUAUGUACACGGUUGUUAUAUCAGCUGUACUUUUUAUAUAGCCGAUGCCGUACACCAACCAAAUACCAUGGAUGGUCUGACUGUUCAUAUGGUAGUGGUGUUGCUGGCUCCGGAUUCCAGUGCAACACUAACCAAUGUACCAACCAAAACUGUCCUCAAAAGGCUGACCAAAACGCUGACCAAAGCGCUACCCAAAAGGCCAACCAAACGUGUGACCAACACCCUAAGUGCGGCGUCAAGUCGCCCCUUCAAUCUCACCUGAUGGACCAGUUACCUGGCUGCCUACCGCAUAAAGUAACGUCUGUUGGUUGCUCGUCUAAAUGUUUGAGUUGCCCUAAGAACUCGCCUGGUCAGCAGUGUAUUACUCCGAUGGGUUUCUGGGAUUUGACCAAUGCGGCGUCCAUUACCCGUCGGGGCCGUAUGCUUCAUGCCAUUCUCAAAACAUUGUGCAACAAUGCGGAGUCACCGCUGUGCUCUUUGCUUCGUUGCCUGUUCACAAUAUCACCGAACCCUCCUAAGACUUUGGGUGACAUGUUUUCGUUCUACUGCAAUGCUAUGCAGAACGUACAUGGUUCGAAAUAUGGCCACGACGCUGAAUACAGAAAGACAGUUGAUGGCGCGAUUAGUCGAUGCUUUCCAUUCGACACAUCGCUGCACAACUAUUACAAAGCUAAUCUAUUAACCGAUAAAUUAAAAGCUUUAUAUUGCUCCGAUGUAGAUCAUAAGGGUGCUCACAACGAUAAGCAUUGUGACCUUUGGAGCAUCAGCAGACCGCAACAUGAUGAUUCACAAGUCACGUGCCCUGAUAAAAAUUCAUGUUGUGCUCCUUACCUCCAACCUUUCGGUCUUCAUUCCAAUCAUACGUAUGCUCCGAAAAAUGCUGCAGUGCAUCUCUCAUGGUUCACUUACUUGGCGUGGGAUUUCUGGCAAUUGCUUAAUAAGUUACUUGAUGCGUUUAAGAGUAUGUCAUGUAAAGCGUACGGAUGCUCUUGUAACUGUGCAUCUGAUAAACAUGGAGUCACUGAAGAAGAAACUACCAAAUCUGCCUGUCAUUGUCCAACAAUCGUUGACUGCAACGGCGUCCUCUCCGUGUUCCACAAAUACGGAUUCACUUUCCGUGUGCCUGGAGAGUUAAUGGAGAGCACAACCAAAAAGUCAUGUGACGACUUUGUCAAACAGCUGACCAAAGUGCUGCACAAAGGAUAUUUUAAAGAAUUAUUUGACGAAAUCGAUGAUUUCAUCUGGGCAAUUCGUACACCCUUCUCCUACCUGUUACUAGCCCUCUGGUCGCUCUCGCUCCUGUACCUGCUGCACAUCGCCGUCGUCCGCCUCGACGUCCUGAGGAUACGCUCCCACCUGCGAUCGCCCUCAAGCCACCGCAUCGCCGCGCAGUCCCUCCUCGCCGCCGCACGCGUCAGGGCACUCGCCAACGUCAAGUACUUCUCACCAUAA